AUGUGGCUGUGGCCGUCGUCGCCGCGCCGCCGGUGCGCCCCGGUGCUGUUCGCCUUGCUGGCGCUGCCGGCGGCGCAGCUGGUGGCGCAGGCGUCGCGCGCCCCCGCCCUGUGGCCCCUGCCGCUCUCCGUGAAGAUGACGCCGCGCCAGCUGCUCGUGUCCCCCGAGAGCUUCUACUUCGCCCACGGCCCCAAUUCCACGGCCGGCCCCUCCUGUGCCAUCCUGCAGGAGGCUUUCCGGCGGUACUACGAAUAUAGUUUUGGUUUCUACAACCGGUACCACGGGCCGAAUAAAUUCCGUGCUGGAGCGGAGUUACAGAAGCUGCUUGUCACCAUUGCCCUGGACUCGGAGUGCGACACCUUCCCCAGCAUCUCUUCAGAUGAGUCCUACAGCUUACUUGUGCAAGAACCAGUGGCUGUGCUCAAGGCCAACAGAGUGUGGGGAGCAUUACGAGGUACGUGCUUCGUGCUUUUGUCCUUACUUUUUAGUCAGAGAUUUCUGGAAUCAGCCGUAGUCAAACGCUGCUCUCGUGGACUCUGUAGGCAGAGACGGAUUUGUCCAGCAGUAACAAUACUUAUAUUGCCAUGUUGCUACAGUUAAUCUCUACACUAGAGA